CCAGCAUGUCCUGUGUUAUCAACCAGGACUGCAUUUUACCAUGUCGGUUCAGGAAUCGGGUUGCCAACAUGACAUGGGAGCGUGAAAUACCAAAAUCAGGGAUUGUAAGUUAUGACCAGGGUAACAUCAGAACCUCUGAGAGCUUCAGAUCCAGAGCGUCUCUGUUUGAGGAUCAGAUCUCCAGAGGAAACGGCGACCUGCUGCUGAGAGGAGUGAAGGUUGAUGAUGAGGGAACAUAUGAGUGUCAUGUUUUUACAACUGGCAUCUAUUAUAGACGUUCUGUUGUCCUUGAGGUAGAAGCUCCAGUCUCUUCAGUCAGAAUCUAUCAGGAAGGAAACAGAAUCACCUGCAGCUCAGAGGGAAUCUACCCUCAACCUGAACUCACCUGGUCCACUCAGCUUCCACCCAUCAUGACUCUGCAGAACAGAACCACAGUCCAUCAGACUGAGGAGAAGCUUUAUGACAUCAGAAGCUCUCUGAUGGUUACAGAUGAUGAUGUAGGUCUGAUUUACUUCUGCUCCAUCAGAACCAGGAAGAGCCAGAGGAUAGCAGUUCUAAAUGAGCCAGAACCUGGAACCGACGUGUCCUGUGUUAUCAACCAGGACUGCAUUUUACCAUGUCAGUUUGAGAACAGGAUCAUCUACAUAAAAUGGAAACAUGGAACCUCUCUGAUUGUCUCCUAUGACCAUCAAGGCUCCAGUUACUCUGAGAGCUUCAGAUCCAGAGCGUCUCUGUUUGAGGAUCAGAUCUCCAGAGGAAACGGCGACCUGCUGCUGAGAGGAGUGAAGGUUGAUGAUGAGGGAGGAUAUGAUUGUUAUGCAAUAAUGAAUAGCGUUUAUUAUAUUAAUUUCAUUUCCCUUGAGGUAGAAGCUCCAGUUUCUGACAUCAGAAUCCAUCAGGAUGGAAACAGAACCACCUGCAGCUCAGAGGGGAUCUACCCUCAACCUGAACUCACCUGGUCCACUGAGCCUCCAUCCAUCAUGACUCUGCAGAACAGAACCACAGUCCAUCAGACUGAGGAGAAGCUUUAUGACAUCAGCAGCUCUCUGAUUGAUCCAGACGGUUCUGAUCGGAUCUACAGCUGCACCAUCAGAACCAGGAGCAACCAGAGGAGAGCAACUUUAGCUGAACCAGGUGCUGAGGUUCCAAUCAGCUGCACUUCCUUCAACAUUUCUGCGUCCAGUUUGGUCUGGAGGUUCAACCAGCGUCAGAUCAUCCUGACCAAGACUGACAGAAACAUCUACAACAUCUCAGAGGAGUGGAGGAAACAUGUGAGGGAUGUUUCAGCGUCCGGCAGCCUCACCUUACAGAAUGUGACCUCAGAUCAGGAGGGAGUUUACAGCUGUGAGCUCAGUGAUGAUGAGGAGACGAUGAUAACUCAGCUCUAUCUGAGGAGGACUGGAGAGAAUCUGGUGGUUCCUGAACUCAUCAGACGGUCGGUGGUUUGUGUUGUGAUUGCAGCAGCAGCAGCUGGAUUCAUAAUGUUCUACAAGAAGAAAAUGGAGGAAAGUGAAGCUCUGCAGCUUUAAAGCUUUCAUUCACAUUCAGAGAGUGGUUUUGUUUUAAUGCCAUUCUCCCAUUUUACCCUCAAGAUGAUUGAUGAGCUGUGAUGGUUCCACUAAAUGAUCAGCUUCAUGUUCUUGAGAUGAUUCUCAUAUUUGGAGAUAUUUCUGUUUUUAUUUUUAGGAUGAUUUCAUCUUCUGCCCAGCAGGGGGCGCAGCUAAACAUAUUCUUUAUAUUCUUCCAGCUAAACUUUCUCAGAACUUUAUUAAUAAAAUGUUUAUUUCUAUAGAAAAUUAGUUUUUUAUUACAUCUAUUAAUGAUUUAUGAGCUUUUAUGAUUUACAAGCUUUAUUUAGUUUUACAUUAUUAGUUCUUUAUAUUUAGUUUUUCCUCACAUUUGUACAUAUUUCUGUUUAAACUAAAUGUGAAGAUUUUACUCUGGUUGCAUCUUCUGCCCAGCAGGGGGCGCAGCUAAACAUGUUCUUUAUAUUCUGCCAGUUUCUCAGAAAUGUAACAAUAAAAUGUUUAUUUCUAUAGAAAAUGAAUUUUAUUACAUAAAUAGAUGAUUUAUGAGGUUUGAUGUAGUUUAACAAAAUGAUUAUUUCUUCAUGUUCUUUUGUUGUUUCUCAUAUUUGUUAAUAUUUCAUGUUUUUUUCCUAAAUAUGAUGAUUUUAUAGUUGCAUCUUCUGCCCAGCAGGGGGCGCAGCUGAACAUGUUCUUUAUA